UGGCUUUUAUCCAUAUUAUUGCUAUUUAAAUACAAAAGCGCUAAAUAUCCUUCUUUCUCUUGGAUCUUUCCGUCGCCGAAAGUAUCUCCUAUGACAAAUUAAGUAUUGUAAUCGAAAUUCCAGUCGACAAUGUCGGUUGUUCAAACGCGACAAGCAAUAUGGUACGCUUAUGGAACACAACAUGCUUCUGGAAAACAGUUCAAAUUCUCAUAGAUCUGAAGCUUUCACACAUGGAAGCUUACAUCUCCUGUGAUUUACGGACGGAAAGCUAUUCGCAGUUCCCCAUUGAGGACUCUCAGAAGAUUGACAGAAUUGAAGCCCGUUUAAGGGAUGUGCUCAAGAGGGAUAAUAUAUUCAAAGUGAUAAAACAUCAGUAUUUAUCUCAGGAAUCCUUCCCGGCAUAUGAAAUAUCUCCAGAAAACGGAACAAGUUAUCGUUUGAUCCGUAAUACAAAAUUAAAGUAUUUUAUAGGGGUGUCAUGGGGUUGAGCAAAACUGAAGUGAACUUGAAGAGAUUACUUGUAACUGCACCACAGCAGCAAAAUCAAGAAAAGCUUAUACAUUAUGUUGCCACUUUGCGUGAACUUCUGGAGCAGUUGGCUGAAGAGAAGAAUCCAGAUGGAUUACCACAAGUUUCAAAAGCCAAGGUGAACGAAUAUGCAGAGAACAUUGAAGCCGUUGCUGCCAAGUUAGCUGUGCCCGUGUCUGAUUUGCAAACACCUGAGGAACCUGCGGCUGAGACUUCCAGCAGUGGAACUCCUAAAGCAGAAGAAAGUGUGAGUUCUGUUUCUGAAGGACUGAGAAGAAGAGUCGGGGUCCAUUCAAACAAUGAGGAGAGAUGUCGAGACACCAUUGAUUCUGAUCAAUCAGCUGCAGUCAAACUGGAUGAUGCUGCACGGGCACAUAUUGAGAAGCACAGGAAACUUCAGGAGGACUUGACUGAUGAAAUGGUUAUUUUGGCACGGCAGCUCAAAGAGAGUAGUCUCAUGAUGAAUCAAUCUAUCAAAACUACUGAGAAAAUACUUGAUUCAGCUGAGAAAGCAGUGGAGCAUAGCCUAGCAAGUACAGGGCAUGCAACUUCCAGGGCUAUGGAUGUGUAUUCCCGGAGUUUCAAAACUACAUGCUUCCAAUGGCUUUUGAUCUUUGUGAUGACAUUAGUCUUUGUCAUGGUUGUAUUACUUAUUCGACUGACUUAGCAGCCGACACCUUUGUUAGAGGAGAUAUGACAAAAUGCUUGGUUUAUGUUACCUUGUAUAGUACCAGAAGAUACCUAGUCAGUAAAAAUUUAUCUGUAAUUUUAGUGCAUGUUCUAAGGCUAAAAAAUUCUUUAAAUGCUGAAGGCGAAGUGUGUAAAACACCUGCAUUACUCUA